AUGGAGCCCGGUGAUCCGCAACAGCGCAUCAGUCCACGGCGAAUGCUUUCAGAAAAGCCAAGCCAGCAGUCGUCUUCCGAAGACAACGAUAUAGCAAAUGGAGAAUUACGGAUAGAAUCUCAGCAGCAUCCGGGCAAAACUGAUCAGACAGUCGCGGCUCCUCAAAGUCCUUCCCCUCCACCAGACAGCGGCGUCCAAGCCUGGCUGCAAGUCGUCGGGGUCUUUUUCUGCUGGUUCAAUUCAUGGGGCUUAUCCAACGGCUACGGUGUCUUCCAGACAUACUACGAGCAGCACCUCCCCCAAAGCUCCUCGUCCAUCUCUUGGAUCGGCUCCAUCCAGGCGCUCUUGCUAUUCGCCGUCGGCGUGUUCACAGGCCCGGCGUAUGAUGCCGGCUAUUUGAACGAGCUCAUAUGGGCUGGCACGUUCUUGGUCCCAUUUGGACUGAUGAUGACGAGUCUGUGCCAUACGUACUGGCAGAUCAUUCUUGCGCAAGGCGUCGUGAUGGGCGUUGGAUUCGGGUGCCUUUUUGUACCCUCCGUGUCCAUCCUGCCGCAGUACUUUGUCAAAAGGCGCGCAAUAGCCAAUGGGCUUGCGGCUAGUGGUGCGAGUUUUGGUGGCGUUAUAUAUCCCGUACUCCUCUACCGCCUCCUCAGCCAUACGAAUGUCGGGUUCCCAUGGGCAGUCAGAAUCAUGGGAUUUCUCUCGUUCGGCACCUGCGUGGUCUCAGCACUGGUCCUCAAAGUUCGUGUGAAGCCAACAGGACGUCGCAUUCUGUUCAACUUCCGCUCAUUCCGCGAAGCACCUUUCGCGCUCUUUACGAUCUCCUGUUUCUUCGCCCUGGUCGGGAUCUACGCUCCCACAUUCUACAUUCAACUCUAUGCUCUCCGAUCGCGAAAUCCACCCAUCACCUCAGAGCUUGUUGCUGCAUACAUGCUACCUGUACUGAACGCCGCCGCGAUCCCUGGCCGUAUCGUACCCGGUUUCAUAACCAACCAUACCGGCGUCCUAAAUCUUGUCAUCAUCCUCACGUCGAUUGCUGGUCUGCUGACACUAUGCUGGAUCGCCGUUCACGAUCUGGGUGGCUUGAUAGCCUUUGCGAUUAUCUAUGGCUUUGCUUUUGGUGGUAUCUUGUCGCUUCCGCCUGCGGCAAUUGUGACUCUAUCCCCUGAUCUCAGCGUCAUUGGAACACGGACUGGCACGGCGUUUGUGGUUGCUAGUUUGGGUGUGUUGAUCGGUACUCCUAUUAGUGGCGCAAUCCUUGGGAAUUCUGACGACAAAGACCUCGACUUUCGGGGACUGCAAAUCUUUGCUGGGGUGAUACUGCUCACCAGUAGUGCAUUUUGCCUUGCUGCAAGGGUUGCUAAGGUUGGAUGGAAGCCGACUAACAAGACGUAA